UACAGCGCGCAGCGCGUCGGUGCAUGCAAUGCAAUCAAUCUCUUCCGCUAGCGCUGUACAUGUACGUACAUGUUGGUACGUGGAUUAUGUUUUCAUCAUUUUGUGCCGACCAAAGAUAGCCUUUUCCCAGCACCCAAAACGUUAUUUCGGCAAUCCUACAUUUUAGUGAGGUUAUCAGUCAGGUGUCGGUCAACACUUGGUGCUUCCACCAGCUAUGUCCGGCCGUCUGCGAUCGUCCACUCAGUCUGCUGGUUCGACUGCUGGCUCGUGCGGCAAACAUGAUUCUGCUUCGCCACCUCGUUCACAGCCACCCAGGAGGGCAAGAAUGGCUGAUGAGGGUACGGACUUGGCCAAUGGGCCAUCAACAUCAAAGGGUAAGAGGCGAGCGGCAAGCGCCCCGAGCCCUCGCAGUCCACAGAUCAAGCGCAAGCGUAUGCCGGCUGAGUACUACCAGUCGGAUGUGGUAGAUGCCAUCAGCAAGCAGUCCACAAGGACGCCCACCUCAGACAAGGAGGUGUUCUUCAACAAGAACACGUACUUGGCCGUGAGGACAGACAAUGGGAAAUAUUUCAUCUGCAAGACUGCCCAGAACGUCUACCACACCACCAAGAUGUUCAAGAUCCUCUGGCUGGAGCUGCGCACGAUGCCGGGUACCUACGAGAUGUCAUAUCGCGACACCAUCGACAUCGACAGCGUCUUGACCGACGUAGUCAUGAACAGGCAGGCCGGCGGGCUGCUGACACUGCCACGCAAUGAGAUUAACCGCGUGGAGCAGAUCCUUGGGUUAGCCAUCAAGAAAGAGAACGGAAUGCUGGAUAACGACGUAGGUCCUAGAUUCCGUGAAAUGAAGGAAGUGAAGACAGAUCAAGAUGAGGACAAAGGAGAUGAAGAAGAGGAAGAUGAGGACGAGGAUGAUGACGAUGACGAUGACAAUGACAAUGACGAUGCAGACAAGCCAUCCACCUCGACCCGGACCAAGACCAACCCCAAAGCCAAGAAGCGAGCCCCCAAGAAGCCCAAACCAAAGCCGAAGAAGGUGCAGAGCAAAGCGGACAGCCCCAGUCCACCCAGCAAGCAGAAGGGACGAGGCAGGCCCAAGGCCACCAUCACGACCAAAACAGCAACGAAGAAAGUGGCCAAGAAAAUCACUGCCAAGGCAAAGAGCACCAAAGGCAAAGCUGCUGCCAAACCUGCCAAGCUAGGACGCAAGAAGCCCGCCAGCAAGGACAAGAAGGCCGCAGCCAAGGCCAAGGCCAAGGACAAGGCCAAGAAGAUGAAGAAAGCCAAGGAGGAGAAAGCCAAGAAGGAGAAGAAGCCAAAGGAGAAGCUUCAUCCCAACGACCAGCUCACACCCAACAAUGACAUCGAGGUGGUGCCUAAGGACCCUAUGUUUGAAGUCAAAAAUGAGAACGAGAUCCCUGAGGUGUCCAAGUUUGUCCAGUGCAAGCGCAGCAUCCGGGCCGUGCUGACCAAUGACAUGAGCCUCCUCAAGAAGCUGAUCGAGGACAAGGAUGUGCCUUCCGUCUUGGGGCCGCGGAGCGCCAGCAUCCAGCUGACGGCGCUGGACUACGCUGCAAGGAUGGACAACCAGGCUGCCCUGAAGCUGCUGAUCCCUGAGAUCAACAGCACCCAGCAGAGGGCCAAGCUGCCCGAGGUCAUCAUGCAGCAUGAAGUGGCCGGCAGGUAUAACUUCAAGAGUCUUGGGCAUGCUGUGAGGGAAAUCAACAUUGCCCGAGGGAGCCGAGAAGGCAACAACGCAUUCACCAAGGAUUUAGACAUGAAUGUACAUAACAGGGAGUACUUGCAAGAAGCUCUGUCAUCUGGCAUCUCGGAAAAAACCAUCAAUAUGAUCAUGGUCGCUGACUCAUCAGCAACGCAACACAUACAAAUGCACAUCGUCAAAGCAAUCAACGCAGGCCACCGGAAGUUAGCCGGCAGCCUGGUCAAGAAGUUCAACCAGUCCGGUGGGCUCAACUUCAAUAAACUGCACGAGGAGGUGCUUCUCGUGGAUAAACCAGAAGACUUGUCGCCUUUCAAACGAGUGUCGGUCAAGAAGAAGCCAUACGAGAAUGACAGAGUCACGCCGAUACACUGCGCGGCCAUCAAUCCCAACCCCAAGAUCUUGGCCAAGCUGCUCUCUCUCUGCCCGGAGUACGCCAUCGCCGACAGCAGAGGCCGUAAGCCCAUCCACUAUGCGGCUGCCUGUGAGGGAAGCGGGCCCCUCGAACUUCUCCUCGGCAGGGGAAUGAACCCUGACGAGACGGACAAUAAGGCCAUGACCCCACUCAUGGUGGCAUCUCUGUAUGGACGACAGCAAAACAUCGAAGUGCUGGUCAAGAAGAUUGAGUCCGGAAAGACUGACGAACUUUGUGGUGUUAAGAGGAAGUCAGCCACGGCAGAGUACGCCAUCCAUUAUGCCAGCAAAGCUGGACACGUGGAUUGUGUCAAGAGCCUAAUCAAGCACGGAGCAGACACUGAGGCCAUGACAUCGGCGUCCACCAACAAGCUGACCCCACUCAUGCUGGCUGCCCAGUGCGGCCACUUCCAGGUGGUCAAGACAUUGAUUGAAGCCAAAGCGAUCAUCGCUAAAAAAGACAAGAUCAAGCGCACCUCUCUGAUGCUGGCCUGCAUGAACGGUCACUACCCAGUGGCUACUCUACUCCUGAGGAAAGGAGCUAAUCCUAACGCCAAGGACUCAUCAGGAAACUCUCCAGUCCACUAUGCGUCUGCUUAUGGCUGGUGGCACUGCCUCAAACUACUCCUCCAAGCCGGUGGGGAUCCAAACACCCUCAACGACUGGAAGACCCCGCCGCUGGGCGUGGCCCUGAUGAAAGGCCACACAGGCUGUGCCGACCUCCUCCUGGAGCAGCCAGGCGUCAGUCUUGACUUCCGCAAUGACAGUGGGGCCACCUUGGUCAUGCUGACCGCCGCCAGCCCCAUGACCAAGUACAUGGUGGAGCAGAUGAAAUACCUGAUUGACAAGAAAGCCAACCUGUCGCUGGUGGACAUUGACAACAGAAAUGCCCUUCACUACUUGGCCGCCGGAGGGAUGCCUGAUCAAGGGAAUGCCGCUGAGAAGGAAGCCCAGAAGAACGCCAUUCUGGACGUGGCCAGGGUUCUCAUGGAGAAAGGCUGCGAUGCCACAGUCAAGGACAAGGCCGGCAAGACCCCUAUCAACCUGGCUCUACAGCAGACCAAUUUCUGUAUGGAACUGGUACAGUUGUUCUUGGACAAGGGCUGCAGUUUGUCCCUGGAUGUGGGCCAGGACGGAGACAACGCCCUGCACAUAAUGGCAGAGCAUUGCACCCACAAUGACCUGGGAGUUCUGCUGCCGACCAUUGCCAAAACUUUUAAAGAGCAGUCUGAAGAAGCAAUGGAUGUGGACGAUGACUCGGCCGGGGAAGCCAGUAAGAAGAAGGUGACAACCUUACAGGAGGCAGCCAAAAUGGUGGACAAGGAGGGUCGUACACCCCUUCUCAGAUGCAUCAUCGCCAAUUCAAAAGGUAGAAAGAACUUCCAGAAUGUGUUCAGCAUGAUGAAAGCUCUUAUUGAGGUUGCCAAGUCCGACGUCAACGCUGUUGUGGACAGUAAGGACAAGUCUGGCAGCAGGCAGUAUGAGGGCACCAGUUCACUUCACCAGUUUUCCGUUGCCAAGAAGAAGUGGGCCAAACCACACUCCGUCCCCACCACUACUGCAGAGGGCGCCAGUUCACUUCACCUGUUGUCCGUUGCCAACAACGUGCCAGGCCUGACCAUCCUCCUGAAGGCCAAACCUCAGCUGGACCUACUGGACAAAGGCGGUUUCACACCCCUGCAGCGGGCCAUACUCCACAAGAGGCAAGACAGCUCCAAGCUGCUGAUUGAAGCUGGAGCCAACGUGAACCUGUUCACAGCAGAUCAGCGUGGAGAUAAGGCAACACCCCUCAUACUUGCCGCUAGGGCCCGCUUGCAUGACAUUAUUCCCAUCUUGGUGGCCAAGGGAGCAGACGUCUCGGCCAAAGACAGCAAAAUGAUGACAGCUCUGCACUACAUUACUAUGGCAGGAGAUGAUUCCAACAAGGCCAUGCAUACUGCCAGCGUCCUCCUCCUGGCGGGGGCCAGUGUCAACACCCCUGACGCCAAGCACCGCACACCCCUCCACUACUCGGUCAACGCAGACACGGGCAGCGCCGAUACCACCACUGAUGUGACUGAGUUCCUGAUCGAGAAGAAAGCCAACGUCUUUGUCAAGGACAUUCGCGGAAGACUGCCUCUUCACUAUGCAUUCGUUAAAAUGAAAAAGCACAGGGAUAGUACUCAGACAGACCCCAUCGAGAUUGUGAUGGUGCUCCUGGAAGCCAUGAAGGGACAGCAGGUGGACACCCAGGACAAGUUUGGGCAGACUCCCCUGCACUGGGCCGCCUACAGGGGGGCCACCAUCUCGGCCAUGAACAUCGCUGAGAGAAUCAAGGACUUCAACGUCAAAGACAACAACGGCAACACGCCUCUGGCUAUGGCUGCCCUAGGCGGCAAUGACAGUGUGGCCAUCAUGCUGAUCCAGAAGGGGGCCAGCAUCAACACCAUGGUCACCUACGUGCCCAAGGAGCUGGAGGAGAAGAAGAGCGGGGAGCCCCAGCCCUACACCUGGCAGUGGAAGCCCCUGGUCAAGCCCCCGCUGGCCCCCGUCAAGGCCUCCUUCUUCCAGGCGGUGGUGAGCGAGGGCUGGCAAGGGGUGGUCUACCUCAUGAUGGACCGACUCCAGAAGUUUGGCCUGUCCUACAUCAACGUCAUCCAGGCUAUCCUGGAGGCGCAGAAAUUCCAGCUAGCCAGCACGAUGGUCCGUAAGCAGCGAGACGCUCAGAAACUCCAACAGACCAAUCGUAGGGCCCGUAGCUUACUCCACCUGCUGUCCAUGCAUGCCGUGUCACCUAAUUGGGCAAACCUCUAUGAGCAGAUUGCCACUUCUUUGUUUAACCGAGGAGGGAAGCUGUUUGCCAGGGACGACAAGGGCUGCACCCCACUCCACUAUGUGGCCGCCAACCAGAAUGCUGCUCUCUGCAAGCUCUUUGCUGAGAAAGACCCCAAUGGGUUCAAGAAUUGCCUCAACUGUUCUGACCAUAGAGGGCGCACUCCUCUAGCAGCCGUCUUCUGGAAUCUGAAUUUUGAUGCGUCCACCAAGGAAGUUAUCAGACUUUUCACCAAAUCAGGACCCAGCCUCAACUUCUGCGCUGCGCUGCCCAACGUGGAGUCGGGCUGGCUGAAGCAUAAGAAGCCGGCCGAGAGUCUUGAGGCCUGGUACCAUGGCCACUCGGACCGGUCGGUACCCCGUAGCCCACUUCUCAUUCACAUGCAUGUGGACAACUUUGAGGCUUGCAAGUUCUUGCUGAAGAACGGAGCCAGCUGCAACUAUGCCGACGAGAACCGCCUGACGCCGCUCAUGCAUGCUGUCAAACUGAAUGAAAUAGAUUUGGUGAAGCUCCUUCUGGACCAUGACUUUGACCCCGAUGAAGCAAGCAAGAGAGCCAAACCCAAGGGGCCGGAAACUCUCUCAGCGUGGGCCACCAACAUCUGGGAGCAGAAAAAGUCGAGUCUCACCCAGAAAGAAGAGACAGGAGGCAUCGAGACAGAAGAUUAUGAUCCUGUCCAAGAUGAGGACGAGGAAGAUGAAGAAAAUCCCGAAGAUGAAGACGAAGACCCUGAGGAAGUCAAAGUCAGUCUUUUCCCGGGGAAAGUUAAGAAGCCGAAUUCGUUGUCUAGAGCCCAGGAGGCCAAGCCGAAAUUCGUCAAGACCAGUGACCUGGACGUGAAUGCAGCAGACCUGUUGGGCCGCACUGCCAUCCACUACGUGGCGAAGGCCUGCACCUACGGCACCUGGGAGAACGUCAAGCUGCUGGAGCUCCUGGCCCAGCAGGGCGCCCGGACCACGGGCCAGGACAAGCAGGGCAAGACGCCCCUGGACUACGCCCUGGAGACGCGGUCAGGAAGGGUGGCUGAUGUCUUGCAGCGAUUACAGGGAGUGGAAGAAGCCAAAUGGGUCAAGCCCAAGCCCGUGCAGCGUUCCUGGACGGACGGCAUCACCUUCCCGUCACCCAAGCCCAACUUCAAAGCUGAUGCCGAGGCCAUGCUGAAGCAGCUGGAGGCCGAGUGGGAAACGGACACAGCUGAAGAAACGGAGGAGAAGGUCCCGACGCCGGUCGACGAGGCGUCAGGCAUGACAGAAGGAGGGGUUGUUCUAACUGAUGAAAACCAGGACAUUCCGUACAGCGUGACACUGACUAAAGUGGAUGUCAAGUACGGUGUUUAUGGCAUGAACAACUUCUACGUGAUGCAGAUCAUUCACCAGACGGGCAAGGAUAUGAUGCUGCUGUUCACACGAUGGGGUCGCAUCGGCGAUGAGGGACAAUUCCAGAAGACCCCUUUCAACUCCAAGGAGGAGGUGAUCAAGGAAUUCCAGAAGAUCUUCAAGGCCAAGACUGGCAAUGACUGGUCCAGCGUCAGAGAUUUCCACAAGGAGCCCAAGAAAUACCAACUGGUGAGAGAAGACCACUGGAGAGCCAAACGGAGGAAGGCCAUCAAGGCGUUCACGUUCAACCUUGAGUCCUCGGUGCCUUCCAAGCUGCCAUCAGCAGUGCAGGCAGCCAUCAAAGAACUGGUCAAGCCUGAGUUGUUAACCAAAGCCUUGUCCGAGUCCGGAGUGGACACAGAUCUGAUCUCCCUUGGUAACUUCAUCUCCAGGGAUACCCUUCUCAAAGCAAAAGAUAUCUUAAAUGAAAUCAAUGAUUUGUUAGAGGAAUAUGAACAGUGUGGAGGCUAUCGAGCUCCACCAACCGGUGACAUGGAGAAGUACCAGGCUGCCAUGGAAAAGGCUGCCGACUUGAGCAACAGCUUUUUUGAGCUGAUCCCCAGUCAGGACUUUGCCUACGACAAGAUCUCUCCCCUGACGUACCUACAUGAGCUGAACACUCACAUGAAACGUCUGGACAUUCUCCUGGAUCUGUCCACCACCAACAUGAUCCUGCUGGGGGCACAGUAUAGGGCCAAAGAAAUCAACCCCCUGGACUACAUCUACCAGUCUCUUGGCUGCCAGUUUCGUCUCAUGAAGGAGGACGAUCUUGAAACCCAGCUUAUUCUCCAGUACAUCCACAACACGAGUAACUCUGCGGCGAAUGUGGAGGCCAUCUUCCGUCUGGCCCGAGAGGGGGAAGAUGAGCGGCUCAACACCUGCGGCGUGGGCAAUCGCAAGAUGCUGUGGCACGGCAGCACCCGCUCCAACGUGAUCAGCAUCCUGAAGAAGGGUCUGCUCAUUAGCCCACCGGAGGCAAAUUUCCGCGGCAGCACGUACGGCAGGGGCAUCUACUCAUCCGACGCUUUUGCCAAGAGCCUCCUGUACUGUGAGGAGUAUUUUGAGAAGUCGGAUACGAAGUUCUUGUUCUUAUGUGAGGUUGCCCUUGGCAAGAUGGCCACCAACCCGGAGGAGCCAGAGAAGUUAGUUAAGCAGGGCUUUGAUAGUUGCAUGGGACGGGGCUACCACAAGUACAAGACCAACAGAGACCUUCUCAUGCCUUCAGGGGCCAUGAUGCCAUUUGGCAGGUUUGUGUACAACACCUGGUCCCCCUACACCUACUUUGAUUACAACGAGUACGUGGUGUUCAAGACCGAGCAGUUGGCCCUGCGCUAUCUGGUCCAGUGCAGAGGAGACCGCAAGCAAGAGCAGAAGGCGGCAACAGAGGACCUGGACGACUACUCGAUGCAGGAGUUCAAAGAGGGGCAAGGGGCCGAGACUGGGGACACGGACAUGCCAGACGAUGAUGAUGGUGGCAGUUACGAUGGCAGUGACAAUGACGAAUAUGAUGACGAUGACGAUGAUGGGGAUGAAUAAGCAGAGCAACUGCGAUCCAAGCAGAUUGUCCCACAAUGCACCUCCCCACGGCCGUUAUUUUCUCACUCGAGGAGCCUGUCAACAAAAAUCUUUUUCGACUAAUGGCUUGCGUGGCCUUGUUUUUUUUUUACUAUUUUGAACACAAAAGCCUCCACCACAUCACCAGUUAUUAGACAGGUAAGGUCAGGUUGUCCGUGUACAUUCAGAGUGCCUUCAACCAAUACAUGGUGUCAUUGCGAAAGGGCGCUGUCAUUGAAAAUCAGAAUGCAUGCAACAUACGCAUGAAUGCGAUUCCUCAGGGAACGUCUCCAAAGAUGGAAGGUUCCUGUUUCCAAGGAAACACUCCUUUAAAUAGGGAAUACUAUGCCCCAUUACAACGUGCUCUUUAAGAGUAGAAGUGUACACACUUACAGACCUUUAUUCCCAAUUGGAAACAUGUUCCCAUUUGGGAACAUGCAUUGUUGCAAAAACAGACAGCAGGUGUUCUCAUUGGGACAUAUUAUUGUAGCAUUCCAACUUCCAAAGCACUCCCUAAUAGUGGUCUGUCGGUUGGUCUGUGACCACAUAUUAUUGUUGGCAUCAAAUCAACUAGAUUCCACUGACUGACACAGGUGUUCAUAUUGAAGAAACAAUGCAGUGUGGACCGGAGGUUGUGGCGUUUUUAAAGCAUUUAAAAACUUUUUAAAGCAUUGCGGACACUAUAGGAGGGCGCUGUUUGAAGGGGGUAAGUUUGGAGUUAACAAGAUUUUACUCCAGCCUAGUAGCGCCCUCCUAUAAGGUCAGUGGGAACAUGCAAUUAAUGGCAUCGUGUACUUGUCAGCUAAAAACCUUCCCCAGUCAAAGUGAAUAAAUUGGUAGCAUGUUCAAGCAUUUCUUUUUUUUUUCAGCAAACUAUUUUAGUGAAAGUGUAGGUUCUUCUUGUAUUUAAAGCAGCCAGGGGCUGAUGUAUCUACAUCAGCAGGGGAAGGGACCUGUCUUUUCCCCAGCGUCUGAUUUUCUACGGACGUUGGUCUGUUGGUUGCAUUCUGCCUUGUAGAGCUGAUAACUGGGAACAAAUCCAAGCUCAUUGCUGCUGUACGCCAGGAAGGUGGCCCCUGUGAUGGCCGCACCACUUUGCUGCCCCGGUGGGACAAACCAACUGGCCCUUGGCAAACAUCAGCAAGCGGAGUGCCUCAGACACUCGCUGGAGGCCUUCCUCGGAGUAAAGCUGUCGUGUGCCGGGAUUUGUCUGCGAUAUCUCCCCUUGAUUUGCCCAAUGUAGAAAGCUGCUGUUUGGUAAUAUAAGCAACACAUUGAAGCGCAGUGCAGGCAACCACCAUCCCACCCACACAAUGUCAGGAGUGCUUUGGAUGAUCUGCCAUCAACUCCGAAGCACCCUUAAGCAUCAGGCAGACUAGAUUUCCUAUCAAGCCUAGUUUCUGUGUAGUCUUAAGGAUCACUGGCAGCUUACACGAAGUCAAGACGCAGAACGUAGUGGAAAAGACUGUGUGUAACAUUUGACAGAAAAUCAGUACAAAAUGGUAUUCAAAGUUCCAAACAUUUUCAUCUGAAAAAUCUUGUUAGGGUUAUACCAUUUCACGAAACUAAAGUGGUACUUUGAUGUUUUUCAUUUCUGGUCGGCUAUUUUGUUGACAUUGGGGGUUUCAUUUCUUAGUUAAUACUCGAUAUGCCAGGAAGACUGUUGUCGGAGGGUUGUCAUGCCAGCGUCUGUGUUUGUAUAGGCCUGCUCUGAUAACUCCAAGCAGGUCGUCAGCAAAGUUGAAGGUGAUGCAACCCUGCCGAAUCUCUGUGUCUGUGGUGCAUCGGUCGCGAUAAAACAUUUCCAUAUGACUGUGUACCAUCGCAGACUGUUCCAUGUCUGUCUGCAUCUCUUUACGUUGAUAGGGAAACUAGACUUAACCGAGGAUGGUGUUCUGCCAGUAACUGUCACGCAGAUGGCUUCACUCACAAAUAGUUCUGAAUCGCAUCGUGGGAGAAGGUAUACUCGGUCAAUGUGUGUCUGUGUACACAAAAACAAAGGUUUUUAACAGCUGGGCCAUUGCCAUGGCCAUUUUCCUGUACUCAACUUCGUCUCUGUCUCAGGUUUCGUUCCGAAAACCACUCCCCAGUUGUGGGCCUGAAGCGUUUGAAUUACAUAAGAUUACUGUAAUUUUUGGCUUUCUUGCAUCUUAUUUGAUGUUCUGUG